UAUGUUCUCGUUGCGUUAAUCGCACAAAUUGUGCUCUCAUUAAGGGGUUUAGAUGCGAAACAUGAUCCAUCUGCACACAUUGAACAAGCCGCUGAAAAGCGUGCGCAUAAUCUGCAUCGAGUUGAUACGUUAAUUUUAUUGUUAUUUGUAACAUUACUGGUUCUCAUUGUUCUAACUUCGUGGUUUUUCAAACAUCAUCGAUUUCAAUUCAUCCAUGAAACUGGUCUCACUCUAUUUUACGGGUUAUUGAUUGGUCUGUUGUUGAAAUAUACAAGUAUUGGUGUUAUUGAAAGUCAGACGAUUGAUGUGGUUCAAAAGAAUCAAACUCCUGUCAAGGAACCACCCGACUAUCUGCGACUUGAGGUGGAACCGCCGAAUGCAGCAAAAGUUCAGUUCCACUAUGAAAUGCUUGAGGGAUUCUUCGGUGAUACGAAGAAACAGAGCGAACGACAACUUGAGCAAAAGGCAGUAUUUUCACCUGAAAUCUUCUUCAAUUUACUAUUGCCACCAGUUAUUUUUAAUGCUGGUUACAGUCUCAAAAAGGUAUUUCUUUUGCUAUCGCUAUUUUUGAAUUAUUUCUUAUUGCUCUCUGAAAAAAACCUUAGAAUCACAUGGUUAAAAUUUUCAUUUCUGCUUUGUUGGUAA